AGCGCAAACCCUUGCCUGUUUAGACAGGCAGACGGAGAAGCCGCUGACGACCGGCCGCCUUCGCGCGCUUGCGCGCAGUUUCACCAGGAGCUGUCCGGUGCUGUAAUGAGUCUGGGGAGGCUGUCAUUCCGACACUAGACGCUCUGUAGAACAUACCAACACUCCAUUAUUGAUAUAUAUUUUUAUUGUGUCUUUGUAAGUAUUCCUUAUUAAUGGAAGACAACUGUUUGGUUAUCUUUUACUGUACCUCCAGGAUAUUUCUAAUCUGAACUAAAAUACAUGGCUUUUAUACCUAAUGACCCAAUAUCAUAGCAUAUAAGUAACCUACCUAUCCUGCGUUACUGUACUCUGGAAUCAUUGUUUCACCAAACUAAAUAAUGAUCCCAAUGGACUGGGUAGCUCUUGCGUGCUUUUUGCUGCGGGUGAAAACAUCUGCUGUGGGCAGAAAUAAAGAUAUGCUGCCGUUUGGACCUUGCGCUUGACUUCGCUCAUGGAAGAAGAAAGAGUGGUGUGAAAAUAAUCACAAGAACCAAGAGGAAUGACUUGCCCUUCUGUCAAACUCCUCACAGCCUUAUUUAUAUGUUUACUAGAGAUCAACAACUUCAGGAUGGUAGAUGCCAAAGAGGCUGACUCCAGAGCGUCAGGGAGAGGAGCUUUCUCAUUCACCAUGUCUCCCUCUGAUUUCCUGGACAAACUAAUGGGAAAAACAUCAGGAUAUGAUGCUCGAAUUAGACCAAACUUCAAAGGUCCCCCAGUAAAUGUCACGUGCAAUAUCUUCAUCAACAGCUUUGGCUCUGUAACUGAGACUACCAUGGACUACAGGGUCAACAUCUUCCUGCGGCAGCAGUGGAACGACCCGCGCCUGGCCUACAGCGAGUACCCAGACGAUUCUCUGGACCUGGACCCCUCCAUGCUGGACUCCAUCUGGAAACCCGACCUGUUCUUUGCCAAUGAGAAAGGAGCCAACUUCCAUGAUGUCACUACAGACAACAAGCUGCUGAGAAUCUUCAAGGAUGGAAAUGUGCUGUACAGCAUCCGCCUGACGUUAACCCUGUCUUGUCCGAUGGACUUGAAGAACUUCCCAAUGGACGUGCAGACGUGUACCAUGCAGUUGGAGAGCUUCGGCUACACAAUGAAUGAUUUGAUCUUCGAGUGGCUCCAGGAGGGUCCCCUGCAGGUGGCAGAGGGUCUCACCUUGCCGCAGUUCAUCCUGAGGGAUGAGAAGGAGCUUGGGUAUUGCACCAAGCACUACAACACAGGCAAGUUCACCUGCAUCGAGGUGAAGUUCCACCUGGAGAGGCAGAUGGGCUACUACCUGAUCCAGAUGUACAUCCCCAGCCUGCUCAUCGUCAUCCUGUCUUGGGUGUCCUUCUGGAUCAACAUGGAUGCCGCGCCAGCCCGGGUGGCAUUGGGCAUCACCACAGUGCUCACCAUGACGACGCAGAGCUCAGGCUCUCGUGCCUCCCUGCCCAAGGUGUCCUACGUGAAGGCCAUCGACAUUUGGAUGGCCGUCUGUCUGCUCUUUGUGUUCGCUGCUCUCUUGGAGUAUGCGGGGGUUAACUUUGUCUCCCGGCAACAGAAGGAGUUCCUACGUUUGAGACGGACCCAGCGGCGCAGUCACAAGCAGGAUGAUGACAUGGGGGACAGUCAUCUCAGCUUUUCUAGUUAUGGCAUGGGCCACUGUCUCCAGAUAAAGGAUGGUACGGCAAUGAAGACACCCCCAUCAAACCAACUGGCCCCAGCAAGGACACCCAAAGACAAAGACAGCAUGAGGAGAAAGUUUGUAGAUCGGGCCAAGAGGAUCGACACCAUAUCCAGGGCCGCAUUUCCCCUGGCCUUCCUCAUUUUCAACAUCUUCUACUGGAUCACAUACAAGAUCAUCAGACAUGAGAUCAUUCGCAAAGAGUAGCUGAGCCGUAGCUGGGUGGGACAUGCCAACCUGCCAAGCAGACAUACAGAAUAACAUUCCAUGCCAACCUGCCAAGCAGACAUACAGAAUAACGUUCCAUGCGUGUCUUCAUCACCCAUCUUCUAUUGCUGGGACAUUUAAGGGUGAAGAACACAUUUAACACAUCAUGGUGUUGGUUUUCUGCAAUGGGUUGGCACUGCAUCCUGGGUUAUUCCCUGUCUUGCACCUGUAGCUUCCAUGACAGGAUCUCGACCCCAUGGCCCUGCAUGGGACAAGCAAACAUAAUGGAUGGAUGAUGUUUUUUUUGUUUUUUUUUUUUGGAGGGAGAGAUCCAUAAAAAGGACAAAUCUACUACAGCUCUACAUACAGAUGUUGUGAUUAUCUGAGGACAUUUUUCCUCUGUGUGGCACUAUUCAAAAUUUUUAGACAAGGUAAUGUAAAAAACAGACCGAGCUCCCUGAAAUGAUGCUGCCUUUACAUUUCUGAGGAUUUCUCUGGCUGAGAAAUUCAGUGACUGAUUUAAAAGGAAGAUUUUUCAGGUACUUUACGGAAGGAAACUUUCAUACAAAAAAACGUAAAAUAUAUUUAAUUUCUGAGAAAAUGUAAGAAUUCCUAACCGUGGACUACCACUUUGUUAUUAAAUUAACCUAGGAAAAUUCACAUGUGCAAAA